CAUCCACCCACCUGCCCAGAAGGUGUCGUUUCACAUCUCGCCGGGCCAACCUCAGCUCGAGCCCCCAACUUAUCAAUUCAUCAGUCAGCCAUCAUCAUCAUCAUCAUGGCAUCCAUGCUUGAGGCUCUCCAACCGCAUCCGGAAGACCGGCUUCACCUGCGAUUGCACCGAGCACGCUCGGUUGUUCUAACAAGUCAGGAGCUCGUCGAGAUCCGCGCGGCGCAGCGCACCUUCGAGGGCGCCUACAUGCGCACCGCGCUCUCGCAGUUCUCCUUCGCCCUGGUCGUCCUGCGCAUCUUCACCUCCGAGUUCUACCCCAUCGGCGCCCUGCUGGCCUGCUACGGCGCCGCCGUCCUGCUGGUCGCCAUCUACCGCCGCUACGAGGGCAACCGCCAGUUCUUCGACUGCGAGGAGAGCGAGGGGUCUUCGGCCGAGGAGGAGGAGGUGGUGGAGGAGGGGGCGGGGGCGGGAGCCCAGGUUGGCCGGCGCAGGGCAAGUGCUUUCGAGAGAGGGCCUAGGCAGUUGGUGGUGAAGAAGAAGUUCAGGACAAGCAGUAAUAGUGUUGGCCUGUUGGUUGGCUUGAGCUUAGUGAGCUAUGUUGCGUUGGUGGUGCUCCUCUGGCAGCUGGCUUGAUGAUGCCGGUUGGUGUCCGUUGCAUUCGUCGUCAUUGCGCUAGUUUGC